AUGGGCGGCGGGUCGCUCUUCCAGGUCGGCGAGGAUGUCGAGUUCUGGCGGGUGCUGGUGCACCUGAGCAUCCUGACCUUCUGCCUCGUGCUUUUCGAGAAGGCGCUGCACCGCAUGGAGCACAACUUCCCGGCGUCCGACAAGUACCAGCACAUGCUCAAGAAAGUCUAUCGAGAGCUCAUGGUGCUGGGCUUAAUCAGUCUCGGACUCAAGAUUCUCAAGGAGAACCCGGACAUCGACAGCGAUAGCAAGACCAUGCUCGCGUUCCAAGUGGCCGACCUCACCAUCUUCUUCCUGGCGCUGGUGCUCAUCUUGCAGUCCACUGCCGUGUUCCUGCUACUCCGCAACCAGAACGAUCGAGCGGAUCGCGCCGAGCUAAUGAAGACGCAGGACCUCGUCGAAUUGGUGGAUUCUGUAGACGACGCCAAGGACGCAGUGCCGUCGUUCAUCCGAACGCUGCUUUGCUGCGGUCGAGCGUCCAAGAAGAAGACUGUUGUUAAGAAACUCGUCGCGUUGCGGCUGCUUCGCCGUCUCUUCCUUCGUCGCUUUGGGUUCCCCCAGCUCUUCCCGUUCGCCAAGUACCUCAGUCGAGCGCAGGCCAACCAGAUCUCGCACAUGAUCGAGGUGGAGCCGUCCAUGUGGGUGGUUCUCCUUGCUGUGGCGUGGGGGAUCUGCGGACUACUCAAUGUUCUCGAGGCCCUAGAUGCGGACAUGCCCGAGCGACAGGAGCUGAUAGAGGCCUUCAUGAUCGUCGCGUGGAUCGUGCUGCUGCUCCACCUCAUGGUCUUCCUCUACUUCCGCUCCUGCGUCCAAUAUCUCCUUCGACUUGCCGCUGUCAACGAAGAUAAGACCAUCCUCACUGCCAACCUACACGCCAUAGCCGAAGAGGAGGCCAAGGCGUGGCAGAACGAGGAGGCGGACAAGGCGCUGGAGAUCAUGAGCAGCAUUCAAGAACAGCACGAAGAGUUCGAGUACCAGCGAGUCCAGCGCGAGCGGAAGCUUGCCAAGCAAGACGGCGGGCGGCUUGGAACUUACUGCAGCCGUGUAUCAGCGCUGUUUAGCGCGGACUCGAGGAAGAUCAACGGGUGUGAGAGCAUCGGUGGGGUCGUCCCGGGGUCGCCGAACAUCGACAUCCGCUUCUUCUCGUACAAGGCGUGGCACGUCAGCGUCAUCCUCCUCCUCGUGCUCAACGGCUUCCUCAUCACGCUGUUCCUGCAGUGCGCCGUGUACGAUCUGGACGAGAUUUACGAAAACUUCGGCACGCUACCGGCAGUACUCGUGCCGCUCCCGCUCGUGCUCAACGCGUUGUACUUCCAGCGCCACAUUUUCUACGACUUUGUCGUUGUUAGCAGCACGCUUCGCAUCGAUUCGCACACGCUGAGCAGCGUGGUGGAGACGUUUAGCGAGGUGGUGCGUCUGCGGUCCGAGUUCGCGGCCUCACUUCGCCAUCAUCUAACGCAGCAAGAGCUCACUAUUGCCGACCUUCAGGAAGAAUUGAAGGCGCGAGACGCCGCUGGCUCGGGGCUCAUCGAGGUGGACGAGCUCCGAUCUGUGCUCGGGAAGUUUGGCUUCCGCCUGACGCGGUUCCGCUUCAACAGCGUCGUCAAGAUGCUGUUUGAGACCGAGAGAACGAGCGUCGCGUACAGCCAAGUGGUUCGUCUCGUGGCGAUGGCUGAGAACGAGCACCUCGUGGAGAACGUCCAGGCCGCUGAGUACCCGGCCCAUCCGUUGCUGCGGCCGAGUGUGCUGAUCUAUGACAAUAUGGGGCAAGCAAGUGCGUUAUCGCAGUCUAACUACAGUUUGUUCGCUUCGACGCGUCAUGUUCCGCUUGCCCAGUCCAGCGUAAGAGCGGAGCCACACCACCCAGACCACUUUGUACAUGUUCCAGCUAGCAGCUUCUUCCUACAGCGCGAGCCAGAUGCCUCUGCGAUUCAACAGCCUGUGAUGCCCCGCCCAAGCGUCAGCUCGCAGGCGCUGCACGACAUGUUUAACCUUGAAAGACUGUCCCAGUCCCGUGCGCGGUCCAACACCAGACAACUUUAACCCUCGGCGAGCGACCGCACGUCGCAACAAAUUGACUAACUGCCUCAAUACAUUCAAGCUUGAAAUCGC